AUGACGACGGCGAUGCAGACGUACCGGUGUGCCUCUAUCGACAUCGGAGUAAUAAACCUUGCGUUUUGCGUGACCGAGUUCGUUUCGAGAACCGAUGGGAGUUUCGACUUUGAUCUUCUCCACGCUCAGCGCGUCAAGAUCGGCAACACGCGCGAGACCAUCCGCGACCUCGGGAGAAAACUCUUGUCAUUUUUAAGUGCCAGCGACGCUCUGCGGCACGACAAGCUGGAUUAUGUCUUCAUCGAGCAGCAACUCUCGCGUGCUGUGAAAAACAUCGUUCUCUCUUAUAUCACCAUGGCGUACUUCGAAACAAAAAGGAUCGGUUGUGGCGAUAGUACCAAGAUUGUGUUUGUGUCGCCGAAAAACAAGUUCGCAGCCGUUCGGUACGCGUUUCCGAAAGGCGUGCUGUCUUCAAUCAACUUUGAACGCCGCGGGAGAGAGUUGAAGAAGUUGACGGUGGAAGUUGCACGGCUCUUGUUUACAGCGUUCGGUGUGAAAGUCGGUUUGGACGCUAUGGCGACAAAUGGCACGAAACUCGAUGACGUCUCUGACGCUUUCCUGCAGAGCUUCGCCUUCUUCCUGGAAAAAUUCCCAUCAAACCUAGCCGCCCGCGGAGUAGGGUCCUCGUUUAUUAGAGUUGAAGAGAACAGAGAGAGUAAAGACGCCGAUGAACAGGCAUAG